AGAAAUGGACGUAGAUGAGACUCAAACCACCUUCAACACCGUAAGCUCCGAAAUCGCUGCACCAGCAUCGGCAGCACUCGUUGCCGCUCCAAGGACCACUGUUGUGCGCCCACCGCCGUCCGCCGCUGCAAUCAGGGAGAUGAGAGAAGGGCAGCUAUUGGAGCCACAGGGGCCUCCAUCUUGCAGUCUUUGCCAUCGCCCACACACCCUCAAACGAUACUCCAUUUUAAAGAGCAUGAAGCCCGCUCAACGUCAACAGGUUGCAAGAGCCCACGGGCAUUGCAUGACCUGCCUGGGAGAUGACCACGCCACCAUAGAGCGCUGGGCCGACGGCGCCUGUCAAUAUUGCCACCGGCCGCAUCACACUCUAUUUCAUCGUUUUCCCCGCCGAGCCAAUCCGUCGGAAAAUAGCACCAACACCCUAUGCGGUUCUAUCCGGCGACGACGAAGCAGCCAAUCAACCACAAUGCGUUCGCGGUUAUCUCCGCCAUGCCACGCUCAUCGAAAGCAACAACGUCGCUCAACAGGGUUGAGUGCUGUACUAAGCACACUGCAACAGCUGCAGAGGCUCCUAGCCGAUUCACUCGCCUAGGGGGGCCGAGAUGUUCACAUGAGCUAUGCAUUCUGCAAUAUAUCACAUCGCAUCACCUCACGUCACUUCACAUCACAUCACAUCACGUCACGUCCCAACACCUCAUCACACAACCGUUCACAGCAUACACCACUACACACACGCAUCAAACACAGUUCUUAACACCGCUCAUUACUACAACACAACAACCACACGAUUAUCAACGAGACGCCUCGUAAUCAGCAGCUAUUCACCACCCAAAUCUUCAAAAGGGAUUGAUCCGACCGGGAUCGGUCUCUUUUUCGUUUCAUCCGUGGAGCACCGAGUUCGCUAACAGUGUCCAACAUUGGACUUUCUUUACACAGUGUUACAUACAAUCAAAUAAGAUUCUAGUGAAAUAAAUAUUUUAUAUCG